AUGUCUACUCCAGAGGUUGCAGCCGCGCCUCAGGCACCCCAGGCGCCUCAGAUCACAACGACUUCUCCAACCGGGCAUACAACGACACUUCCAAACUCGCCUGCCGCGCCGACAACGACUUCUCCAACCGGGCAUACAACGACACUCCCGAACUCGCCUGCCGCGCCGACAACGACUUCUACAUCGAAUGCGACCUUUAUGCCACCUUCAUCUGCCGCCCCUGUCCCUGCCACACCAGAUCGCUCCGCGGACCAAGACGACCUGACUUACAAUGAACAACUCAAUGCCGUGGAUCGCUACUGGAAAUUCAAGAUGGCCUUGCAGAUCGCCAUGAUAUUCGCCAGCAUCGUUGGUAUUGGCUGCUUAGGCUGGGCUCUAGGCACAGCGAACAGACUACCCUCCAACUGGAGCUAUGGCUACGACAGCACCUGGUCCCUACCCUGGGGUCUGAUCACCUUCUCCAUAUCCCUCAUCUGGUGUUUCAUCUGCGUUAUGCGCUUCGUCGUUGCCAAGCACCCCGUCCACCCCGGCAUGCGCGUUACCAUGGACCUCCUCCUCUGGCUGGGCUUCCUCGUCACCGCGCUAUUCACCAUGGUCGCGCUGAUCGACCUCCUGUACUGGGGCGAAGACGGCAACCUGAGCAACUCCCUCGGCUACAGUUCUUCGUACGGCGACUACGUGCUCCAACGAAACAACACGUGGGUCUGGGAAACGUCCGACAGCCACUCGGGCGUCACUUACGAGCGCGUCUGCAACGGCUCGACCAGCUACACGUACUACGAGGCCCUGCCUUUCCACAGCUGCGCCGAAAUGGACGCCUACGUCAACACGCUCUGGCGCGAGAAGGGCACCCGCGCGCGCGUCGAGCUCACGGCUGCCAUCACGCAGUGGCUCGGUCUGCUGUUGCACUUCACGCUGUUCGUGUGGGCGUGCGUCGAUUGCCACAAGUACCGGCAAUCGCGCGUGAGCAAGGAUGCGGAGAAGCUCGCGGCGGGAAUCGUGCGCAACAUGGUGCAGAGCGGCGCGAUUGUGCCGCCGCAGGGUCCGCCGCACAUGCGUGGGUAUGCGUGGCAGCAGGCCUAUCAGCCGUUGCCGAGCGGAGCGGACGGCGUCUCGGGGCUGGGAGGGUCGGGGCAUGGUGCCAUGGCGAGGCCACAGAUGGGAUCACAGGGCACGCAGCAGAUGGGAUCACAGGGCAUGCAGCAGAUGAGGGGACCUGCCGGGCCACAGAUGAUGAGGGGACAGAGGCCGAUCAGCGGCGAGCAGCCGUUGCCGCCACUGCCGUCGAGGCCGCAGCAGCAGGCGCAGGCGCAGACGCAGGGCGGACCGAGUAAUGGGAAGGUACCCGUGCAGGAUGGCGGCGUGGCGACGAGUUACUACGAGCCGCAGCGGUAG